AUCUGAAUAUUUAUUGCCUUUCUACUUGUCUCCGUUGCCAUCCGCCAAAUCGACGAAGACGACGAUUACCAGGUUCAUGAAAUCUGCUUCUCACUUUUAUUUUAGCCAUCGUAGAUCUAUUUUCUUAUGGUCAAUUCGCUUCAGUGUUUUGAAAUUUUGAAGCCACAGCUUUCUGGAUUUGUAAUUUCGAAUAUGAAAAUCGACUGAAAUUGUUUUAGGAUAUGGAAGCAGUCGAUCGACCGCUGCGCAUUGAAGAAACCACCGUAUCUCAUGAUGUAUCUAGUUGCGGUUUUAUAUCGAAAGAAGAAUGGUUAAAUAAACAUCCACCAUCUGGAUCUGGAUGGACUGACGAAGAUGAUGAUAAUGACGAUGUAUUUAGUAGCAGUUUUAUAUCGAAAGAAGAAUUGUCUGACGCUGUACAUAACGAUCCACCAUCUGGAUGGACUGACGAAGAUGAUGAUGAUCAGGUUGACCCGGCUUUGGAGAAAGAGUUCUAUCGCCAAAUUCGCGAAUCCGACGGAUUUGAUGUUGACAUACGUAUUCCGACUAGUUCACUUUAUGUGUACAAAUGUGCCAACAAUGAUGACCUUCGUGGUGACAUUGUUGGCAUUUGUGCUAGAGUGGGACUCCAUUGGUACAACUUUCAAAAGGGCUCAAACCUUGAGUUGAUGCACGUCGAUAAAUAUAAUUCUAGAUUCUGUGCGCUUAUGACUUACAACAUUACUGCUGAGGCUGUUGAUCCAGCCAACGAUUCACGUUUCACUUUCCAGACAUGUGUUACCAGAGCUACAUGUCAAAAAGAUGAAGACCUGAGGAUACUGACUGAAGUCUGUAGAAUUAAACCAAAGAUUCAAGGUACUGGAGACGAAAUAAAGCGAUGGAAUGACGAAGCUAUUGAUGAUAUCUACAAAGGCAAUCUACCUGAGUGGAUUUCGGAUGAUACUUUGAUGUCAUGCAGUGAGCAAGAUCACUUUUAUAGGGUGCAAGAGUCAGACAUCCGAGAACACAACUGGCUUCAACUAUACACUGAGAUUGCGUCUUACUCGCUGUGGGAAGGAGACAUGAGGCUCAAGUCUUGUGUGCCGCUGCAGAUUAAGAAUGUCCUUGUACGAACUCGUGAAGAUUUUAAAUCAAAGGAAAAGCUCAAGGCUGGGAAUGCCAUCUUCUACAUUAGUUUUAGGGGUGUCAAUACUCCUCAUGGUCCACCUCAAGAUCACAGAGCCAUUGUAAGAAGAACCGUCGAUGGGAUUCCAGGACAUGUUUGUCUUGAGUUUAAGUGUUUGCUCAUGGAUCUGUGAGCCGCUCUAUUUUCUUUAUUUGAUGUUGCAAUGUAACAUACUGAAGAUCUUAACCCUUAAAUAAUGAUAUUGUUUUUGGUUUGU